UGAGCAUCUCCGGGCUGCUGCAUGCACGUUCAGCGAUUGAUACUCUUGCUUCGCAGGCCCCAGGCAUUCAACCUGCAGCUUUGCACAGGCAGCAUGUUGCAACUGUUCCCUUGCCAUCUUCCUUUGAAGGCACCAGCCCCGCAUGGCUUGCCCCUCCCGCUCUCCACUGACGGGGCUCACCUUGCCAAAUGCGGCACCCAAGCUGGCCGGGCUGGCUUGCUCUUAGCGUGUGUUGUGGCAAUGCGGAGCCAUUCGCGACCUGAGCAAGUGCCGGACGCGCGGCGGCAGCGCAUGCUGCGGCGGCCGUCUCACAAGCUCCCAACUGGGCGCGAUGGGCGCAACCUCCAGUUCCUCAACCAACCAGCAGGACUCAACAGGCGGAGGUCCAAUCAGGCGUCAGGCGCCCGAGGUCGGAUAAAACACUGCAAAAGUCCGAAUCACUUGCUGAAUCUGGUUGAGCAAGCUGCAACAGACAAUGUCAUGGAAGCAAGUGUCAUUGGAGCAGCAAUGCAGAAGUGCGGCCAGAGUUUUUGGUGGGACACGCUUGUGGCAUUGCGAGCGAUUCAGCUGCAGAAAGGUGUGAGGCUGUCAACGGUGGAGCUGAGCAUUGUUAUGACUUCCCUGGCCUUUUGCUUGAGGAGGAAGGGCAAAAUGCAGGUUCUUCCGCAGCGUGUGCCAGCGGUGCUUGCAAUGGCACAAGACACUUGGACGGAAGUGGAUCCGCCGAGAGGGGCAUCAGGGCCAAAUGACUUCAACUGCUGUCUCAGUAGCGCCUUAAAGCUGGCUCGCCAGAUGGAUUGCCCCAGUGCAAAAGAAUGGGGUAUGGAGCUUUGGAGCUGCCAGGGUCUAAGCUUUUUGAGGGACCCACUUUCCCACAGCACCUACGUUGCAUUCUUGGAGCAUUACAGGCAUCAUGAUGAGGUGGACGCCGUCCUGGCGAAAGAAAACGUGGAUGCGGGCAAAGUCGAGCUGAACUGCGUGACCCUCGGGGCGUUGUUGGACGUUGCAGCUUCACAGACGGAUCUUCAACGUGUCGAGCAUUUCUGGAAUAUGUUUAUCCGCGCUGGACUUAAGCCGAAUUUGAUCUGCUACAAUGGAUAUGCUAAAGCUUAUCUCCUAGCGGGUUGCCCAACUCGCGUUGUAACAGCACUGAGUGAAGUUUUGGAUGAUGCGCUGGAGCAAUGCAAUUGCCAGACAGUGACAGCUUUGGCCCAGUCCUUGCUGAUACUGUGCCACUCCUCGUUGGCAGCACCGCACCUGCAGCGGCUACAAGGGCUUCUGAGCACCCAUUCCGCGCUCAUAGGCCGCAAAGCGUCACGACACAUGGCACGCGACUGGAAGCGAUUCCAAGACGUUGCCGCGAACUUGUCUACCCAGCCGACCUUGAGCUUGCAUGAUGUGCUCAUCGAGUGGAAGGCGAAGAAUCUUAGCUCCAUGGCCGGGUGGCCAAAUUUCGCGGCAGGCGAGAACUACUUGCCGCACAUGGAGGCUAUGCCGUCAGCGGCGCGGAAAGAAAUGGGCGACAAGUUGAGUUGCGCUUCAGAACUUUAGAUGGAAAUUGCUUGCCGGCUGUCAUGCGCCGGUUCUCAUGAGGUGUGCAGACUCGCUUGAUUUGCCAUUAGUUUGCAACUGGGGCAGGUACGGUGUGCGGGAAAGCAGGGAGACGCCCCAGC